AUGGGCGACACGCCAGCCGUGUGCUUGACGCAGGACAUUCCCUCUUCAUAUCAAGGAGAAGAGAAGGAAGGAGAGGAGAAGGAAGGAGAGGAGAAAGAAGGGGAAAAAAGAGAGGGAGAGGAGAAAGAAAAGAACCAAGAAGACAACGACAGUGGCUACGAUCAGGAAGACCCAAUCAGCAUCUUGCUUCUUGGGUGUGGAGAUCUUCGCAAGAUUCUCUUCACGAUCAACCAUGAUGCCCGCAACAUCCUCCUCCUAACCCUCCUCAUCGACAUGGACUCCCAACCCCCCCUCCCUCCCUCCCUACACGACCUCUUCCCCAUCUACUACCACCUCUACCUCCCACCCCGCCUCGCCAACCUCAUCGUCUCACAAGCCCGCAAACUGGUCGACGUUUCCGACUCCCUCCAAGCCUGGCACAAAAGCACAUACGGCCGCGGAGGCAUCCGCUUCUGUGACUCGUACUCCCUCUCCCGCGUCCGCGAAAUCUGGCAAUGCUGGGCUCAAUUCGACGGAAACGAGCCUACGAUUACUGACCUCAAAGCCAAGUUCGAAGCGGACCUGGCUGCUACCAGAGAUGUGAAAACCGAUGAGAGAGUGGAUAGCACUGGCCGUGGUCUUGUCUACACAGCAGUAAGAUCAGCUGCGCCGGCAGUGGAUGAUGAUAUGCACCAUCUGAACGAUCUCCAUCAAUGGUUUUGGAGGGUGGGGCUUAUUUCCAUGUCGCUCACCAAAGAGAGCACGCAGGUUAACCCGAUGUUUGUCACGCCGGAUGGGCAUGUGAGGAUGCACUGGGGGUUGGAUCCGCUUCUUGGGUUUCCGUUGGCGGAGGCGUAUACGAGAAUGGUGGACGAGCCGGAGGGCUGGGGGGCGGACGAUGUGAGUUCACGGCAGAAGGUUGUGGCGCUUGUUAUGGGGAAGUUUGCUGCUUGGUGCCAGAGUUUCAAGGACGCAUGGGCGGAGGGGAGCGUGGUGACGAGGUGGUUUGUCGGUGAUGCGGUCGCUUUUGGGCAUACUUUGCAAGGUCUUGCGAGUGGCUCAAUACGAACCCCCCACUGGUAUCGCAGCCGGCAUAGCUUUAGGCCCUUGAAGCUUGAUGGGGAGGAUUACCAGCCCGACAGCUCUACCCCUGCCCCGUUAUCCUUUAUGGUUAUCGACACCUCCAACCUCAUCGAUGACCUCGGCGCACUCAACGUGCUAGUAGCCACCUCCCCGGUGCUCGAAAACAACCUAGCCGCCACGCUCUACACCGAGAUACUCACCCGCUACCACCGCACUUACAAAGAAGAAGCCGACAACCUCCUUUGCGGCCCCCUCUCCACCGUCGCCCUCCUCCUCGGUCUGUUCUGCGUAGAACAUUCCACCAACACCUCCCCUUACCCAUCCCAGGAUGCCAUGACCUACCAAAUGAUGAAAAACGGAUCUGCUAAGCCCAGAGACGUGCCUCCAAAGUUGUACCAGCCAUACGAACGGCUGAGAUGGAAGCGGCCCAUAGCGCAUUAG